AUGCUAUUAAAUGCGUUUGAGAGAUCCGCCUGGAGAAUCGUGGCGUCACUGUGCGUGCUCAUGUAUGAUCUGGCGGCGUGGAUUAUCGCCUCGCUACCUCCCUGGACGGCGACGCAGUACUGGAGUGGGAGGAAAUGGGCUCGUGCCGCUUCUGCUAGUGAGGAAAGUGCCGAUUUUGCCGCGAGGCGUAGGACACACUCUCCUACGGCUAUUGGCCGAGUCCCUCCCUCUGGCUUGGCGAGAGCGAUUAGGCGGGAGGACGUGAGCAGAGAGCACACCUCUUCGGGGAGUUUCCCUUGGAGUAUUGUGUUGACGAAGGCGUGGAGGUGGGUGGUAACGGCUGCGUUGGCGAUAGCUGCAUCUCUGAGGUGUUCGAACGUCAUCCCCGACGGCCCUCCCCCCACUCCGUUUUCGCAGCGGCAUAGGAUUUUCACGAAUGCAGCUGAGGUGAUGGUCACCACGUGGGCCUCGUCCGUUGGUGUCCAGUCAAUGUGUCCGGGUGGCGUGGUUUGUACGGAUGCGGCUCGGGCGGGUGUUGCAACAUUCACUCGACUCUCCACUACUGGAGCAGCUUCCCCACCAUCCCCACCACUUCCUUCCGUGGUUGAUUCAGCGGCUGGCUGGGCAAUAAAGCCCGCCUCGCUGCCCGUUGGAAGCCGUUCUCCCGUCCUCGGCCACGCCCCGCAGCUCGCUGCCGCCCGCCUCUGCCCCCACGUAAUGCACGUGGCGGUUGGUGGCGGUUCCCCUGUGCCGUAUUCGCCGCGGCCGUUUGGCGUGGCGUUAGCUGCGCUUGCCUCGCCGAUUCGGUCGGCGCCGGUUGCCCCUGUUGCGGCAAUGUCUGUCGCGGGUUCUCCUGCACACGCGUGCUCCACGGUAGUCGACUCUGGACGAGAGUCGGCGGGUGUGGCCGUCCAACCGCGCGUAGUGGCGCCGGCGCCUGAGCCUGCCUUCGUUCUGGCGCCUGCGGCUGACGUGGCGCCUCUCCCUGCUCCUGGCGCGGCGCCCUCUCCCGCGCUUCACCUUCCGGUGUUGCCGUCGCCUGCUGAGACGGCGGCUGUUGCUGGGGUGGCACCUACGUCUGGCUUGGCGCCGCCUCCUGCGCCUGAGGCGCUGCCUGUGGUGUCUCCUGCUGCAUCCUCUGAUGCACCGGGCGGGAAGUCUGCCCCUCCGCUCCCCGCGGCUUCCGCGUCUGCCCAUGCCCUUCCUCCGGCUGUGCAGCAGCGUAACUCCCGUCCUCAUUCGCACUCCCCCCAAGAUGAGCGGGAUGUGUCUCGUCGGUGGCGUGAUUCCCCUCGCCGACGGCAGCCGCCGGCGGACUGGCAUAUGCGCCAGGGUGGUUGGAGGGGGGGUCGCGGUCACGGGCGUGGCGGGUGGCUGGACGCGCCAGCAACAAUCGCGGACGUGCGGCAGAUUGUGACUGAGGCGUUUCGCGACGGUCAGGCCGGCCCGGCGAGUCUGAACAGCUCGCGACGUGCGGCUCCAACGCCGUCUGCUCCCUUUCCGGUUGCUCCCCCCGUGGUUGCUCCGACGCCCGCGGUGUCCCUGCCGACUCCCUCGGCCCCUGCUCGUGGUGGUGGGGCUGGACUUCCUCGCCUACAGCUCCCUUCCCUGGCGGAGGAGCUCCUUCCCCCGCGCGCCGAGGUUCCGGUGGCGACGCUUGGCCAGUUAUGGAGGCUCUCGGAGAGCCUCCGUGCCCUCCUGCUUGUGCAGUCCCUGGCGCACGGGUCUCUUCCGCCUGUUCCAGCGGAAUCUCUGCUUGACGGUCCGCGGGACGACUGUCUUGACGCGGCCGACCAGAUUGCCCUCCUCCUAGCGCCUGUGUUGGCCGCGCCCGUGCGGGGAGGCGUUGGGGCUGUGGGGCAACUGGACGCGGCUGUGCGGGACUUAUGGAGGUACCUGCGGGCAGGUUCCGGAGCCGACGCGAUUGGCGCCGCCACUCUGGUGGUCCGCUCGGUGUGGCUGACGAUCGUACCCCCUCUACCCCCCCACCUGUCUUUCUCCCGCUGCCCACCCCCACUCUGCCCCCCACCUCUCUACGAGCCGUGCACACCCUUCCAGUCGCCUUUCCCCCCUCACCUGUACCCGGCGUGGGCAACACCCCAGCAUCCCUUCCCCCCUGUCCUCCCAGCGCUCCACCCGUCCCUCCCCGGCACCAGACAGUUUCUCCCAUCGGCAGCCAACCCCUACACCCCCUGCACCUGCCCCCUGUGCCUUCUACCCCCCUCCCCCGACCCACGCCAGUCACCCCCUCUCUUAAUAUCCUCCAUCUACACUCCCCCUUGGGGGCCGCCUCUCCCCUAUUAUCACCUAUCUCCGUUUCCCCCACCCCCUCUGUCCUUUGUGCUCCAGCCCCCCACUUCCUUUUCCUUGUCCCACAGCGCCUCCUUCAGGUGCCCUCUCUGUCCUCCCACUUUCACACCACCCGCCCCUCAACCCCUUCAUCACCCUCCACAAGGCUCACGCCAGCCCGACCACUCGCUCCCCCACCAACUACCCUUCGCCCCUCCCCUUCGGCCCUCCCCCUUUCCCUCCCUCCUAGGCCCUACCUGCCCACCCUCACCUCCCGUUGACUUCUGUCCCGGCCCCCCCCCUUCUGCUGCAACACCCUUCUCCACACCCUGCUCACCCCCCGCUACACCACCUCCCCUUCCCCACCUCCCCUGCACCCUGCCACCACCUCCCCUCCUUUCUGUCCUCCAGCCCGUCCCCCCCUUGUUCCUGCCCCUUGUGCCUUCCAGCCCCUCUUCCCAACCCCCCCCAGUAUCCCCCUUCUCCAGUACCCUCCAUAUUCCCUCCCCCCUGGGGCUCGCCCCUUCGCUACUAUCACCUUUCCCUGGCCCCCCAAUCCCCUCCGUCCCCUGUUUUCUAGUCCCCUCUUACCACAGCUCCUCCUUUCGGUGCCCUCUCCGCUCUCCCACAUUCUCACCCCCCGCCCCCCAACCUCCUCACUACCCACUACCAGGCUCACGCCAGUUCUACCACCCUCCCCCUCCCCCUCUGUACCCCCCCCUUCCUUCCCCCCUUGCUCCACCUGACCAUCCCCACCUCCCGUCGAAUUCUGCCCCGCCUCUCCUCACUUCGGCCCCACCACCCGGCUCACCCCUCGCUACAUCACCCCUGUCUGCCCCCUUUUACCCUUUCUUGAUCCCACCACGCACCCCUGUCCCCACCCUCUUCCCUUCGUUUUCCAAGCUACCCCCUCCCACCCUGGCCUCUGCCAGGGAGUUUCUACCCCCUUUGACGCCCUUUCCAGCCAAUUCCAGCCACCCACAUCGUCACCACCAGGCAUGCCGUAUCUAUGAUACCGGGGGCACCCGUGCAGGCUCUGUGGAGAGGUCCUCUAACCCACCCACUACCUCCCACUCCCAGGCCAAAAAACAAAUGGAAACACCAAAUCCCGCCCGCACACCCAAGCACACAGAAGUGGGGGAAGGCAGAGCCGGUGGGGAAUCUGCAACAAACGCUACAUGGAAAGGGGUGAGGGAGGCUAUGGGGGAAAGGGCAGCAGAGGCCACACGGGAAGGGCCAGCAGAGGCUGCGGAGGAAGGGGCAGCAAAGGCUGCAGGGGAAGGGGCAGCAGGGGAUGCACGGGAAGGGGCAGCAGAGGCUGCAGGGGAAGGGGCCGCAGGGGCGGCAUGGGAAGGGGCAGCAGAGGCUGCAGGGAAAGGGGCAGGAGGGGUUGCACGGGAAGGGGCAGCAGAGGCUGCAGAGGAAAGGGUGGCAGGGGCGGCCGAAUACAGCACCAGAGUAGCAGGGGGGGCUGCAGAGACCACAGCAAGUGAGGCUGCAGAGACAGCUGCAGGGGAGGCUGUAGAGACCGCAACAGGCGAGACUGCAGGGACCACAUCGGGCGAGGCUGCAGGGACUGCAGCAGGUGGGGCUGCAGGGACCACAGCAGGCGAGGCUGCAGGGUUAGCAGCUGGUGAGACUGCAGGGACCGCAGCAGGAGAGAAUGCAGAGACCGCAGCAGGUGGGGCGACAGGGACCACAGCAGGUGAGACCGCAGGGACUGCAGCAGGGGAGGCUGCAGAGGAAGGGGCGGCGGAGGCCGCAGAGGAAGGGGCAGCAGAGGCUGCAGAGGAAGGGACAGCUGAGGCGGCAGAGGAAGGGGUAGCAGGGGCUGCAGAGGAAGGGGCAGCAGAGGCUGGAGAGGAAGGGGCAGCAGGGGCUGCAGAGGAAGGGGCAGCAGAGGCUGCAGAGGAAGGGGCAGCAGGGGCUGCAGAGGAAGGAGCAGCAGAGGCUGCAAGGGAAGAGGCAGCAGAGGCCGCAGGGGAAGAGGCAGCAGAGGCUGCAGAGGAAGGGGCAGCAGAGGCUGUAGGGGAAGAGGCAGCAGAGGCUGCAGGGGAAGAAGCAGCAGGGGCUGCAGGGGAAGGGGCAGCAGAGGCUGCAGGGGUAGGGGCAGCAGAGGCUACAGGGGAAGGGGCAGCAGAGGCUGCAGGGAUAGAGGCAGUUGAGGCCUCGGCAGAGGUGGCAGAGGCCCCAGCAGGGGCGACAGUGGCCCCAGCAAGGGCGGCAGAAGACCAAGCAGGGGCGGUAGAGGCCCCAGAAGGGGCGGCGGAGGCUCCUGCAGGGGUGGCGGAAACCACAUCUGGAGCGGCAAGUGGGGGAAUGGGUGCUGCCAGUGAAGUGCCAGCAGUAGGUCCGGACGCGGUGGAACAAGGGACAAUGGGGACAGGAGAGAAGGGAACGGGUCAGUCCAAAGGAGAAGUAGACGAGGUGGUUAUGACCCUUUCGGGGGGGGACGGGAUAGGGGACCUGAUGCUCAUCGAUGGCCCUCUGGCCCACUACCUCACCCUCACGGACGGGGACGACAGAGACCCCUCGCUGCCCCAUGGGGAGGCCUCCCCCACUCCCCCACUCCCAAACCCCAUGCCAGCAGGUGGACCAAGGGAGGAACCAGAGGAGACAACGAGGACGAGGUUUUCGGAGGGCGCCCCCAUCCACCUUUACCCCUCAGCCCACCCUCCCCCAGGAACAUCCCCCCCACGCCCCCACCCCGGCAGGCACUCCCAUGCGAUAGGCGGGGCAGCCAAGGCCAGGGCUUUCUUAGAGGAGCCCUGCUCCCCGACCCCGGACACCCAGCCCCUACCUCCCCCCCCACCAGGCCCCCCCCCUCCCACAGCGGUACACAUCUCUGAGGUGUUGGGUCCAACCCCAUACUCCCACUCCACGCUCUCCACACCUCUGUUCCGCCACCCCUCCCAUCACCUCCCCCAGGCCGCCCUUCGCUCCCCACCCACAAACCCCCUCUUUGGCCCCCUUCCCCACGAGGGGCCCCGUCGGACAGCCAUUGCCCCCCCCGCACAGUCCACCCGGCCGGCCCCCACGGAGGGAGAUGCCAUGGAGAGGGAGGAGAUGCGAAUGGAGCUCCCCCCACCUGGCCAACCACCCACGCUCCCCCCACUCACUCCCACGGCCCCUCAGCCCCCCCUUCCCACACCAGCAGGCACGGACAACCAAAACCAGGUUGGCCGCCGACGGAAGAAGGGAGGCAAAGGCGGCAAGGGGUCAGCUCACCUACUCCCCCCUCCCUCCCUUCCCCCCCAGGCGCCCCUCCUCACCUCACAUCCCGCUGAACCCGCACCAGGCCUUACCCCUAUGGGCCAACCAACACACACACACCCCCCUCCCGUUCCUGCCCCUCCGCAGGGCCAUGGGAGCGUUCCAGCCCACGCACCCUCGGGCUGCCCCCCCCCUCCUCUAAACCCCCCCCAGGUGGCGGCAGCAGCGUACGUCAUCGGGAUGGGGGCCGAUGAGAGGAGGGAUGCGCCAAUGGCAUACGCUACCGACUCCUCUUCCCAUACCUCCCACCCCAUUCGGGUCGGUGGCCCCUUUCCGCAACCCAUGGACUCUGGAGAGAGCCAAGGGGGCUCUCGAGAGCAGGGACCAUACCCGAGCUCUGCUCAGCCAGCACGCCCCACCCCACCCCCUACCCUGCCGGCCCUUCUCCCCUUGCCAGCAGGCAGGCAGGCUACCGAGACCCCACAGGAGGUGAGGGCCGCCAUCUCAGACUUGCUGGCGAUACAGAGCCCCAGCAGCCCCCCGGACGCCCCCACCCUACCAGUCCCACAGGUCCGGACCCGGACGUAUGCGGAGGCCACUCGCUCUGUCCCUUCUUUUACCCCCCCCACUACUCAGCUGGGCUCGUCACUCCCGUGCCCGAUGGAGACGGACCUGGUUCCGAGGCCGUGUCACCCGCACCCAGAUGUGUUGGCGCCUCCCCCUGUGCAGCCUGUCACCGAUGCACUUCCCGUUGUACAGGAGGGCACCAACACCGGGCUCGAGGCCUCCGCUCCCGCCGAUACCCCUUCGCCUGGAGUAGCAGAGCCGCCACGCGGACCCCACCCCGCCGAGGGAGAGGAGCACACCAUGGCACGCUCUUUUGGCUCACCUCCACAUCCUCGCUCUUUGACUACAAGGCCAGUACGGCCGGGGGACCCGACCCCCUCCAGUGUGGCACCAUCUCCACCUCUGCCGACACCCCUCCUGCACGAGGUCGGUGAGUCUUCUCCUACCCUCCUCCUAGGCGAUCCUCUUGGAGCUCGGGCCGACCAUAGGGUCCCUUGUACGGCCAGUUCCGACGCCACAGCCCCGAUCGACCCCGCCGACACGGCGACGUCGCCUGACCAGAUCUUCACUGACGCACAGUGGCAGACGCUCGACUCGGUGGACUGGACGGAGUACUUCUCGCCUGAGCGCAUCCAUGCACGCCCUCUCCGGCGUGUCCCGGAGAGGGUCCGCGGAGGAUAUCUCGACGUCCUCAGUGCGAUCCUAGCCCGCAUUGCCCAGGACCCGGAGGCUGCUGGCCCUACCUUCCUUCUUGCUGCAGCGCCCACCCUUUUCCUUGCUCCAGCGACGCCACCCGACCGCUCACACACGGUGGUCAUUGCAACGCGUAUCUCCCGCUUUGGUCGAGGUGAGUGGGAUGAGCUACUCUCGGAUGCACUAGGCCGUCGCACACCCCUCCCUCGGCGCACAGGUCACCGCUCACGCACCGCCACCGAUCCCUCCACAGCAGAUGAGCGCCGCAUUGCACGUUGCCUUCGUCUGGCAGCGUGCAAUGAGACCUCACGGGCCUGCGCGGCUCUCGAGUCCGCGGAGGCGGCCCCAGAUACACAGGGGACGAUACAGCGCCUACGGUCGAAGCACCCCACUGCAGAGAGGCCGACACCAGCUUGGCUCUCGGGUUUCCAGGGGUCUGCUCUGGUGCUCUCGAGCUUCGCUUCAGGUGAGCCAGCGCAGAUCGACCGAGCUAUGCAGACGGCGCUAGAGGGCCUCCCUCCGGACGUUCUCUCCCUCCUUCCCUCCUGGCCCUCUUGUGCUUCCGCCUCCCCCGAUUCCCUUUUUGCAGGAGCGAGCCGCCUUCUGGAGGCGCAUGCUUUGGAGGCCGGACAGCCGGUGGUGGGAGAGGGGACACGGGCUGGGGGGCCGCUGGAGCAGAGGGGCGAGGUGGGACAGCUGGGUAGUGGGGGACGGUGGGGACAGCAUCAACUGCGGGGUCGGGUGGCGAGAGGAGCAGGUGGGCAGAGGGGACAGCAGGGGGAGCAGACAGGCCGGGACGGGGAGGGGGGACAGCAGAGGCAGCAGCAGGGGAGCCAACGGAGACCGCAGGCUCAGGGCGCCGCGCCUCCGGGUUUAGGCUCGGGGGUGGGGCAGGGGCGGGAGAAGCAAGGAGCGGACGGAGGUACAGGGGGGGCAGCAGGAUCGGGAGGAGAGGACCAGGGAGCGAGAGAGGCAGCAGGGUAUCGAGCAGGGGGGUUGGGAGGGUUGGGGGAGGGUAGGGAAGGGGAGGGGAGAGGACAGGUGGGUGGAGGAGAGGACAGGGGGAGAGAAACGACUAGAGAGGGGGCACCGAGGGACCAGACAGGGCAGCAGCCAGCCCAGCAGCAGGGACCAGCCGGACGCACAGGCCGUGUAGGCACCACCUCCUCCUCCCGCAUCCCAGACCUUACCUGCCGCGACGUCGGGCAGACUAUGAUGGUUCUUGUGGAUGUCUCUAUAGCGGAUCCACAACGGGAGGGGAACGUGCAGCUGAGACGGGCGACCCCCACACAGAUUGGAGUGGCAGCAGCUAGGCGGGUGCAGGAGAAGCUGCGUCACUGGGGGCCGCACCUAGAGGGGCUACAGCCAGCACCACACUUUUACGCGUGCGUGGCUGAGACCUUUGGCCUUUUGAGUGAGCCGCUGCGUCAGUUUCUAGGGGUCUGCGCAAAGAGGAUAGCACAGCGAAGGAGGGAUAGGGGAGGGGGGGAUGACGGAUCGGCACGGAUAUUUGAGGCAAGAAUCACUACACGCCUCUCCGUGGCAUUGCAGCGCGCGCAGGCUCAAUGCAUCAUCCAGCAUGCAGUGCGGCAGUUGGGGGGUUCCGACGACGGGUGGAUGCCCGCACCAGUCCCACUGAGUGCGGGGCAAGGUACAUGGCACCACGUCACAGGUCACACCCCCUGCCCCCUCAUGCCAUCUGCUCCCUUUGCCCCUAACCUCCGCGCGCCCGCCCCCUCGCCGCCUCCUUUGACCCUCCCUGCCCCCCUCGCCGUUUCCCACCACCCGCCAUCCGUUCCUCCCCGCCCGUGCCCUCCCCUCGUUUACCUUCUCCUCCCCCCUCCCCUCCUCCGCUGCACGCAUCUUCCUUCCCCUCGCCAACCUACUCCGCUCCCUGCCCCUCCUCAAUCUGCACCCUGCCCCUCAUUUCUCGCCCCCCUGCGCUUGCUUUCUCCCCUCCCUGCCCCUCGCUGCCUUUCUCCGCUCCCCUCCUCCCCCCUCUCCCCGCUUCCCCACUCUCCCCCCCUUGUCCUUGGCUUCCCACCUCCCUGCCCCAUGUUUCCCCCCUCUGUGUGCUCAGCCUCUCCCCUCCCUGCCUCUCCCUCCUCCCCGCCCUGCCUUCUCCUUGCCCCUCCUCAAUCUGCACCUUGCCCCCCUCUCCCUGCCCCUCCUCAAUCUGCACCCUGCCCCUCAUUUCUCGCCCCCCUGCGCUUGCUUUCUCCCCUCCCUGCCCCUCGCUGCCUUUCUCCGCUCCCCUCUUCCCCCCUCUCCCCGCUUCCCCACUCUCCCCCCCUUGUCCUUGGCUUCCCACCUCCCUGCCCCAUGUUUCCCCCCUCUGUGUGCUCAGCCUCUCCCCUCCCUGCCUCUCCCUCCUCCCCGCCCUACCUUCUCCUCCCCCCUCCCCUCCUCCGCUGCACGCGUCUUCCUUCCCCUCGCCAACCUACUCCGCUCCCUGCCCCUCCUCAAUCUGCACCCUGCCCCUCAUUUCUCGCCCCCCUGCGCUUGCUUUCUCCCCUCCCUGCCCCUCGCUGCCUUUCUCCGCUCCCCUCCUCCCCCCUCUCCCCGCUUCCCCACUCUCCCCCCCUUGUCCUUGGCUUCCCACCUCCCUGCCCCAUGUUUCCCCCCUCUGUGUGCUCAGCCUCUCCCCUCCCUGCCUCUCCCUCCUCCCCGCCCUGCCCCUCGUUUUCCGCUCCCCCGCGCCCGGUUUCUCCCCUCCCUGCACCUCCCUUUAUUUCUCCAUGCCUCUCCCUUGCUCCCUCCCUGCCCCUGGCCGCCCAUGGCCCCUGUCCUUGGUUUCUCCCCUCCCUGCCCCACGUUUCUUCCCUCCCUGACCUCACCUUGUACCCUCUCUGCCCCUCCUUUGUUUUCACCGCACCCAUCGCUUCUCCCCUCCCUGCCCUUGAUUUCCCGCACCCCUGCCCUUGUUUCCUACCAUCCACGCCCCCCGUUUCCGCCCUUUGUACGUUCAGCCUCUUCCCUCCCUGA